AUGAUUCAGGCGAUUCAGGAGUGCUGCAACAACAUCGCCAAGAAGCUGGAGCAAGCCGCUGAGAAGAUCAGAACCCACGACCAAGGCGUGAAGAGCGAUUCAUACAACAUUGAGAAGCUUGAGAAGGAGGUUGUGGAGCUGAACAGAAAGCAUGAUCACCUUUCUACACUUGUUGAACAGCUCGAGUACGAUCACGCGAAUUGUCUGCUGCAAAACGCUCAGGAGCGAGUGGAGGCGUCUCAUCCCCUGCAGCUGCAUGACCGAGUGAAGGCUAACUUCCUAUCCGAGAUCCGUAGCUUGCAGCAGGCAAUUGAGUUCAAAUGA